CGCUGCUCUCCGCCUUCCAGCCUCGCCAAGGUGAGCGGCGGCGACCUGCCUCCUCCGGGAAGCCUUCGGGCGGCGGCGCCGGGACCAUCACGAUGUCAAGGAAUGAGUUCAGUUUCCCUACGGAAAAUGGGCAGUGCAGCAAGACUAAUUUGGAAAAUGGGCACCCCCCUCUCUCGCCUCCUGCAUGUGUGGCAAAUUCGGUGGAGCAGAUGGUGCAGCAGAUGAAAGGACUCAUCACUGAGAAUAAUGAGCUGAAAGAAGCCAUGAGGCAACGCAACCAAGCAAUGAAGGAUCGCUUUGAAGAACUUUCUGUGUGGAGGGAAAAACUGAAAGAAGAGCAGGGGUUUUACAAAUCCAGAUUCAAGGAAGCUCGGCAGUGCUUGGCAGCCAAAUGUGUCGAAAAUGACUUGCUUAAAAAGCAACUCCAAACUAUUGAAGAAAAAGAAGAAAGACUCACAAAUGAAUAUGCAGUCUCCCAGAAGGAAUUGACCCAGGAACUAGAACAGCUGAAGUCACAGGUGACCAAGCUCCAGGCAGAGAAGGCUGAUCUGGUAGCCAUAGUUUCGGAGCUGCAGCUGAAGCUGGGCAGUGCGACCGCCGAAGACUCGUUCGUCGAGAUCAGGAUGCACGAAGAAGUAAGUGGAGCUUUGAAAGAAAAUCCAGAUCCAAAUGGCAAGAAAAUGGGGGCCUUGGCUGCCUUCAUUAGGAGCAGGUCUGAGGAUGAAACGAAAACCUGUUUGGAGUCUGAAGAAUUAACUGUCAGCCAGCUUCUUCGUUGCCUCAGGAAUGAGACUCAGGCGAGAGAAGUAUUGGAAAAGGAACUUCAGGAUCACAAGGACAGACUUUUGAAGAUGGAGAAGAAAGCAGGUGAUCACUUGGAAAGAGGUACUCAGACGGAACAAGAGGAGGAGGAGGAGGACACAGAGGCAAGAACAGAGAGUGUGGGUAAUGAAGUAGAAACUCUGAACCUGCAAGUUUCUGCCUUGUUCAAAGAACUUCAGGAGACCCAUGCGAAGUUGAAAGAAGCAGAUUUGAUCCAGAAGAAGCUGCAAGAAAAGUGCCAGCUGCUUGAAAGGAAACACUCUGUCACUAUGGGAGAUUUGGAUGAAAAGCAACAGCUGCUGUACGCCAUUAAGAAGCUGGAACUUCAAGUGGAAAGCAUGCAGUCAGAGAUCAAGCUGGAGCAGGCCAAAACCAAUGAGGAGAAAGUCAAGUUUAAUAAGUUGCAGGAUGCCUACAGCAAGCUUCUCCCAGAGCUGACCAAUGCUGUGAAAACAGCUGAAGACCUGAAGUCCAAAGAGGCCGAAAAGGUGGACAAGGCUGUGGCUGAGCAGCUCACUCAGAAGCUGGACCAGGCCGAGAAGGCGCUGGCUGCCAAACAGCUCCAGAUAGAUGAAAUGAAGCAGGUCAUUGCCAAGCAAGAGGAAGAACUAGAGACAGUGGGAGUCCUGCGGGCUCAGAUGGAAGUGUAUUGUUCUGACUUUCAUGCUGAAAGAGCAGCACGGGAAAAAAUCCACGAGGAAAAAGAACACCUGGCUGUCCAGCUAGCAUACUUGCUGGCUGAGAGAAAUGGCCGUGAAGAUCUCAGCAGGAACUCUUUGGCUGAAUUGCAGACUCGGCAUGGGGCUAGAAUACCCUCAGGUCAAGAUAACUUAGCUCACUUUAGCCAAGAAGAAAACGAAGAUCAAAUCUGGCAGCAGCAGAGGAAUAUCCCGAUACAUUCCUGCCCCAAGUGUGGAAUGAUCCUUCCUGACAUAGACACGCUUCAGAUACAUGUUAUGGACUGCAUCAUCUAAGUUCUGUCCCCCAAAAUGCACAUAAAUGAGAACUGCACUUUAUAAGCCAACGUGUCCAGCACCACCCUUCUAAUAGAGAGAGCGUCGUCAUCUUUGGAAACUAAUCUGCACCUUUCCCUAUCAAUCUCAGUAGGAUGUGUUUGACCCCUUUUAAUGUUUAAAUAUUUGGAUUGGUCAUUUAGCUGGGGGGGUGAGGAAAGAACGGUUUGUGUUAAAAGCCUGUCUUGAACCAGUUGGAGUUUAAUUUGUUAGAGCUAAGGGUUUUUAGCACUUUAAUGGCCAUUUGUAGACAUAAGAGAACAAGGAAGUUCAUUCCACUGGGCUUUACUGCAAGUUGAAUGUAUAUAUGUGCCUGUAUGUGAUUAUGCAGCUUGACCCACACACACGUCUGUGUACCUCCUGUGUGCUUGUCUCAAGUGCACCCCGUUCACCUUCUUGAGUUUGUAUUCACAUGUGUUCACAUGUGGAUUUGCACACACGAGUAGAUGCAUUUGUGAAAGAGAUUUCUGUAGUCAAUCAGGAAGAGAAACGGGAUGCCUGUAUGCAUUGGCUUGCUGACAGUGUGUGUGGCGGCCACAUUCGCUGGCAUGGAGCAGGCGGCCGCCUGGUGCAACUGCUGUGCAGGCCCUGCGUUCUCCAGGCGGGUGUGCCUGCUGCCACCUGAGUCAGGGCCUCGUUAAUACAGGUGAAGUAGGAAUGGGAUCGAAAAGUAUGUUGAGCGGAAAUUGUCAAAGAGCCAAACCAAGCGUUGAUUUCACUUUUCAGUUCAGUUCAUUCAUAAUCAGGGAAUGAAUAGUAUAUGAAUAGAGGCUGCUUUUAUGUUAUACUAACCUAAUACUUGAAACAAAAUCUUAUGCUCUCUUUUUUCCAAAGGCACCUUAGUGGUUUAAAUGCAUUAGUUUAUUAUUACCAAUCUUUUUAACCAAAAUGUUAUGGUUAAAUUAACUGAAAAUGCAGGUAUCUUAUUGAUACAUUUUUCCCUGUUAAAAAAUUGUGUCAAAGCAUUCACUUGGAUUCAUUUUUCUUGAAAACAGAUUAUGUAAUAACUUGAGUGCUGACUUAUCUAUUGUAAAGAAAAAUAAAGCCAUGUUUUAAAAUA